CCCCUGCCCUCUCUUGCUGACCUCUGGUCCUCUCUCUGGAUCCCUGCAGCCCCCACAAGUGCACCCCAGCACCUCACAGUGGAGGAUGUGACAGACACCACCACCACACUCAAGUGGAGGCCUCCAGACAGGAUUGGCGCUGGCGGCAUAGAUGGCUACCUGGUGGAGUACUGCCUGGAGGGCUCUGAGGAAUGGAUCCCUGCCAACAAGGAACCUGUGGAACGCUGUGGCUUCACUGUCAAGGAUCUCCCAACUGGAGCCAGGAUCCUCUUCCGAGUUGUUGGGGUCAACAUUGCAGGGCGCAGUGAACCAGCCACCCUCCUUCAGCCGGUCACCAUUAGGGAGAUUGUGGAGCAACCCAAGAUCCGCCUCCCUCGACACCUUCGGCAGACCUAUAUCCGAAAAGUGGGGGAAGCCCUCAACCUUGUUAUCCCCUUCCAGGGCAAGCCCCGGCCUCAGGUGGUAUGGACAAAGGGUGGGGCUCCCUUGGAUACCUCCCGUGUGAACAUACGGACCAGUGACUUCGACACAGUGUUCUUUGUGCGCCAGGCGGCCCGCUCUGACUCUGGAGAGUAUGAGCUGAGUGUGCAGAUUGAGAACAUGAAGGACACUGCCACCAUCCGCAUCCGGGUUGUGGAAAAGGCAGGGCCAGCAGAGAACGUGAUGGUGAAGGAGGUGUGGGCCACCAACGCACUGGUGGAGUGGCAGCCACCCAGGGAUGAUGGGAACAGUGAGGUCACAGGCUACUUGGUCCAGAAGGCUGACAAGAAAACAAUGGAGUGGUUCAAUGUUUAUGAACACAAUCGCCACACCAGCUGCACAGUGUCCGAUCUCAUUGUGGGUAAUGAGUACUACUUCCGAAUCUUCAGCGAGAACAUCUGCGGUCUCAGCGACUCACCUGGUGUCUCCAAGAACACAGCUCGAAUCCUCAAGACAGGAAUCACCCUAAAGCCACUGGAAUACAGGGAGCAUGAUUUCCGAACAGCCCCCAAGUUCCUGACCCCGCUGACAGACCGGGUAGUGGUAGCAGGAUAUGCUGCAGCUCUCAACUGUGCUGUCAGAGGCCACCCAAAGCCGAAGGUGGUAUGGAUGAAGAAUAAGAUGGAAAUCCAUGAAGAUCCCAAAUUCCUCAUAACAAACUACCAGGGCAUCCUGACGCUGAACAUCCGCCGGCCUUCACCCUUUGAUGCCGGGACAUAUUCCUGCCGUGCCUUCAAUGAGCUAGGGGAGGCCCUUGCUGAGUGCAAGCUGGAUGUCCGAGUGCCACAAUGACAGCUCAUCAUCUGUUAGAAAAGUCAGCAGAGCCUGGACCCCAGUCCUGCAACCCCUGGCAUGGCAGUCAUCUGUCUACAAUGAUCAUUGUGAUAAAACACCACUACUCAAAUGAUCAUGUGUCCAUCCUUUCAAAAUCUGUAAUUCUUGUCCCCUUGUGAAUGGGGUUAGUCACUCUGGGGUAGGGGAUGGCUACCACCACAAGGCAGCCUUAAAGAUCACAUACCAUUGAGGUAGCCAUCUUGGAAGAUGGUGUUUGCUGAGGGAACUACUUUGCCAUGACAUUUACAAUGGUCAGAGGUGAAUCUCAUGCCCUAUGCCUGAACUCUUUUGAACAUUACCUACAGAAAGGAGGAGACAGGCUGGUUGCCAUCCCCAAAGGACAGCACAUCCAAGCUGAUCAAGACAGGCUUGGGUACACCUGCCAUCAUGGUAUCUGGAAGGCUGGGGCAGAGCUAGAAAGGUCAGAAUCACCCUGGGCAAUUAAAUGACACCCUGCAUUAAAAUAAA